AUGAAUACGACCUUACUGAGGAAAAAUUCGGUCCAAACGUACUAUGAUACUGUCACCAGGGAGCUUGACAAGUAUCAUGGAAAGGACAAGCUGAGGAGACUAGCUCAUGAAGGGGGUGUCUGUUUGGACCACCUCGUGGAUUAUGACUUUGUGUCUAGACUCCGACGGGUUAUAGAUAAACUGGAAUCCAUCGGAGCGAAGGAGGGCUGGUGCAUCCAUGAUUUCCAAUUCAUGAAUGUCUUGGUGAGGAACAAUCCAGAAGUGGGAGAAGGCAAAGUGGUUCUUAUCGACUUCGAAUUCGUCUUUCGCAACUACCGGGCGUUCGAUAUCGGUGCACACUUCCUGCAAAAGAUGUUCCAGUGGUUCAACGAGGAGAGCCAGAUAGCGGAUUGUCGACCUUACUCAGAGGAGGAAAAGAGGCACUUUUGUGCAGAGUAUGCAAGCCAGUGGAAUGAGAAAACAGGUGACUCGGAUACAGGAGAGGAGGUCUUUGAGGAGGCUGAGCUCGGGUAUAUGCUGGCUAUUACAUUCGAAAUCCACAAUAUGCUUUGCUUCAUGGAUCAGGAUGAUGACAAAGAUCCGUUGAAUCUUCUGUCGCUUGACAAGCUUCAUAAAGAGUUCACCGACCAAUAUGCGAAGCUCGGGUUGGGACGCUGA